GCAUGUGUACGAGAUCCCGGUGGAGUAUAAGACAGUCCAGAGGCUCAUCCCUGCCCUCUGGGAGAAGCACAGCCCCCAGCUGCACUGCCCUGGCUGCCUUGAUGUCCUGCAUGGAUCAAAUGUUGGAGUUCGUGGUCAUUGUGACUUUGGGGAAGAGCCAGAAGUCACCUGACCCAGCUGGUGGUGCAUGUUGGGGUGUCAGGCAUGGCAACCACGGUCACACUGGAGAAAUGUGGGCACAACAAGGGCUACAAGGGACUGGACAACUGCCGCUUCUGCCCCGGCUCCCAGUGCUGUGUGGAGGACGGGCCAGAAAGCAUCGACUCUAUCAUCGACAUGGAUGCCGUCUGCAAGAGGGUCACCACCCUGGGGCUGGAUGUGUCGGUGACCAUCUCGCAGGAUGCUGGCAGGUACCUCUGUGACUUCACCUACUACACCUCUCUGUACCAGAGCCACGGCCGCUCGGCCUUCGUCCAUGUGCCCCCGCUGGGCAAGCCCUACAACGCAGACCAGCUGGGCAGGGCGCUGCGGGCCAUCAUCGAGGAGAUGCUGGACGUCCUGGAGCAGUCGGAGGGCAAAAUCAGCUGUUGCCACGAACACUGAGGCCCUCGGGCCGCCCGCCACCUCUCCGAGCAGGGUGGAAGGGACAAGCCCUCCGCGGCGGAUCGGCUUCCCACGUCCUCUCCCCUCUUCUCAGCAAGAGCGCUGGCUGACGUGAAGCGAGCGGCUGGAGACCUUUCGCCCUUUUCCCAGUGUCUCAGGGCCAGAGGCUGGCAGGCCUGGAUCGGCACGGGUCUGCGCCUGCCGGGGCCACGACCGAGCCACCCAGGAUCUGCUUUUCCAAGUCGGCUGGUGGAAGAGCCCCAGAGUCUGUCUGUCCCUGACUGCUCUGAUGUGAAGUCGCAUCAAGAACCUAGUCCCUAAAACGCCUCCGGAGAGGGGCAGCCUGACGGGCCCAGCUUUCCGAUAGGGCUGGUUGGCCCUUUGCUUCCCUCUCCUGUUUUCUUUUUCUUUUGUUGUUGUUUUUGUUUGAGACUCUGUCUCAAAACCCAGGCUGGC